GUCUGGACAGGCUAUUAGCGUUGCAUGCAUGUGUCACUACAGCAACACCACAGAGUUAAGUUUACUGGACAGAAUCAUUCUGGGCUGAAACAGGUAAGUGCCUGCUCCUCUUCUGACUUCUUCCUUUGCAUCUUAGAUAGCUUGCAUAUUGUGUAGUUGCUUGCAAAGCAAUGUCUAAGAAAGGUGGAAAGAUGAGGCUGCUUCUUGCAGUGAUCACUCUGUUCACAGCAUUCCAUCUCUCAACUGGAGGAAAAAUGCCAUCUGGAUCACACAGUGAGAAAAAGUCUAUUAUACCAGCUAACGUCCAAGACUUGGUGUGGGAACUAUUAGAGAGCAGUAGUGCUCAACAUAAGGAGAGGAGAGGAACUAGUACCUCGGUCAAGAAAGAUGCUCAAAGUGAACAGAGAAAUAUUAUAGAACAUAUUCGCAGAGUAAGGCAAACUGGGAGUCAGGAUUAUGGAAGUUUGCCGACGACUGGGUCUGCAAUUGAAUCAGUUAUUGAUUUUGGAAUGGACUCACUUGAUGGCUACUACAUGCUAGCGGGAUCAUUCAUUGAUACAGUUCGUCCUGGACCACUACCUUAUGAUAUCAUCACACCUGUCGUGGCUCAGUUGAUUUCCCCGUCCUCAAUGAACAAUGGCUCAAGUGGAGGUCAAGGGGUAGAUUCUGAUGCCAUCAUCACUCAGGUUGUGACAUGGCUGACACCAGUGCUGGUGGUGGUUGGCCUGGGUGUUGUCCUGGCUCUCCUCUUCCCACUCACUGGUUGUUGUUUCUGUUGCUGGAGAUGUGGUGGAAAAUGUGGGGCCAAGAACUACAAGCAUACAAACAAGAAGGAGCUCGCUAAGUGCCUCACUCUCUCCAUCAUUUUUCUCGCUGGAAACCUGCUUCUACUGUUUGGAAUUAUUCUUGGAUUUCUGAGCAAUGUCACACUUUCCACGGCCCUUAAACGUUACCCGAAUACUCUCCGCAAUGCCAUGACUGACUCUGUCAACUAUAUCAACGGAACAUUCAAUGAGGUACUGUUUCUUGCUGACGAUGGUCUAAACACAGUACUAGACAGAGUGAAAACUGAUAUUCAAGAUGCGGGCACUGUUCUUGGUAAUCCUCUACAAACUUCACUUGAAGAGCAAUUAAAUCCAUUUAUUAACACAUCUGAAGCACUCUUUAGCAACGUGAACUCAGUGAGUGAAGACUUGAUGAAUCUCAAUGAAACCAUUCGGGAAAUUGAGAGUCUAUCGAAUCAACUGAACGAUAGUUUACUGCAGCUCCAGGAGGCCAUUGCUAACCUUACCUCUGCAUGCAUGGGCAACAGCACGUGUGUGAAUGGAGUGCCGUCAUUCCAGGCAACUGAUGUCACAGUUCAGAUUGAUACUGCACAGCUUGAUGAUGGACUAGCAACACUCAACAAUGUGGACAUCAACAGUACAAGAGCCCUCAUUACCAGUGGUACCUCUAUUAUCAACAACAUCAGCAACAUCAUCGACCAGCAACUCUCCAACUUCAGUAUCCCUAGUAUCAGCGCGCUGGAUUCAAUCACCACACUAAUUACAAACCUUCAACAAACAGUUGCACAGGAGGUUGGAAGCAAUGGCACAAUCAACGGGAUUAUUGAUCUGGCUGCUGGUUACAUAGAGCUGGGGGAUGGAUACAGAUACAUUGCUUUUGUGGUACUCUUUUUGGCCAUUUUCUUAAUCUGGCUGGUGUUUACUAUCGGAAUGUUGUGUGGAGUAUUUGGGUACUCACCGAAAACCAGUCCUUAUGACAGAAGUGCUGUCUCCAACUGUGGAGCAAAACUACUCUUUCUGGGUGUUGCCAUCUGUUUUGUGGUGUGUGGGCUGCUCUUGAUUCUCACCAGUCUCACGUUCCUCCUCUCUACAACGGGACAGAAGUUAUGCAAUGACAUCUCCCCUCCUGAGUACACUGCCCUAGAGAGGAUCGCUGAUGACCCACAAGUGUGGGGAGGGUAUACACUAGUCGGUUUUUUCCUGCAGUCUACAUCACUGGGCCCGGGCCUGGGUAACAUCAGCGCUAACGUUAGCGUGUCGGAAAUCUUAAAGAGGUGUGAACAAAAUGAGCCUCUGUAUGAUGCCCUACAAGUGAAAUCGUUCUUCGAUAUCAAUUCUCUUAUGAUGCUUGUCUCCAAUCUGACCAGUCAAAUUAAUAUUGGAGAUGACUUUGGCUCAAUGUUCAUGUACUCAAGUGAUGACUUCCUACCAUCUGAAAUGAGGACUGACUUUGAGAAUCUAGCCGAUAACAUAUCAACCAGUUUCAAUUUGACAACCAUCACUGAACUAUUAAACACUUCCUCUAUCGAUGGGUUAGACCUGGAAGAGAUCUCAAGCAACCUCACAAGCCUUGCUGACUACUUGGGGAUGAUGGGAUUUGAGGAAGCAGUGAACAGAACACUGGCCAUUCGUGACAACCUAAUCAGGUCUGAUGUCAAUAUAACUCUGAUGGCUCUUCAGUUGGAAAUGGGAAGUGUACAAGAUGAUGUGAGCAGCUUGAACCAAAGUGUGGCACUGAUCGGUUCUCAGGUGCAGCAGACAUUUGGUGCAUUGGACACCUUCCUGAAUGCAACAGCUCCUAUUGUGAAUAUGGAGGUGGGUUCGUACACAGACCAGCUGUUUGACUACAUUAAUGGCUUUGUGGACUACACAGUGGACUUGGUGGAGAAUGAAGUAGGCAAGUGUGAACCUCUCAGCAUUGUGUUCAGGGCAGUACAUAACAACUUCUGUGUGGAGACUCUCAAUGGUUUGAAUGGGUUCUGGUUUAGCAUUGGAUGGUGUGUCUUGUUCCUGAUUCCCAUAGUGAUAUCUGCUGCCAUGGUAACCACAUACCUUCGCAAGUCAAAGACGGACAUCCUAAGUGUCAAGACAGAAAAUGGCAAUGCUGAAGUGAUGUCCUACCAUAGAGACUUCUAUUCCAACCAGCCAUGGCAUGAGGAGCAAGAUAUUGCUCUGCAGGGUACCAGCUCUCAACACCCCUCUAUACUCUACUCUCGAUGAAAGGUGAAGUGGAUAUCCAUUUUGGAACUGCACUGAAUAAAAAUUAUUUAUGUAAUGUGACUCAUGCUAUAGUUAAGCUAUACUUUUCAGUCAUUGCA